CUUAUUAGAUUCGUAUGCAAGAACAAGAAAACAUAAUCCUUUGCCGUCUAUAUAUAGAGGGUCUUGGCAUUUGGUUUUCACUUGGUCUUUUAGCGGCUCAUAUAUAUAUAUAUAUAUAUUUGUCCACAAACAAAGCCACACAGAUCGAUUUCUCUCCCAAACAACAUGACGUUAGUAGAGAUGGCUGUACACAUGGACUGCCCUGGUUGUGAAACCAAGAUAAAGAAAGCUCUUCGAAAACUAAAAGGAGUGGAUGAUGUGGAUGUUGACAUUAAUAUGCAAAAGGUAACAGUGAUGGGGUGGGCAGAGCAAGAGAAGGUGUUGAGAACGGUAAGGAAGACAGGAAGGAAAGCUGAGCUGUGGCCAUAUCCAUACACUCCAGAAUACCAUCACAACACCACCCUUCGGUAUUACUACCAUCAGCAACACCAUAAUCAUAAGCAGCCGUUGAUCAAUUUUCAUAACAUUAAUACAUCUCGGCUGGAGUCGCCUUUCGUUUCCUACGGCAACUACUAUGAGUACGGCUAUUACAACAACAUUAAUAACGAUGGUCGGAAUUAUGGCCCUUAUGAUAACUCCACCGCUUUUGAUGAGAAGGCACGUGCGAUGUUUAGCGAUGAAAACCCUCAUGCUUGUUCCAUUAUGUGAUAUUCUAGUUAACUAUUGCAUAUAGAUAAGCUAACGCUACUAUAUAAUCGAUGCCAAUAAACGUUAUUUUGUUUUAUUUGAGCAUGUAUGUUUAUGCC